UCAGGUAUCUAAUGUUUUAAUCUAAAGAUAUUAAAUAAAUGCAGCGGAGUAAAGGGUACAAUAUUUUCCUCUGAUAUCCUGUCCAGUAUAAAAUGUAAGUUUUCAAGUAAAGUAGUCGCACACUUCCUCAAGACUGUACUUGAAGUGUAGCCUAGUUGGCCUAAAAGCACUUAAGUUACAGUCGAAGCCACAAACAGUGAUACAAUAACAAAUAUAUAAAGAUGUGGUAUUUGGCAGGAAUAAAAAUACAGAUACCCUAAAAACCUGGGUUUCCAGAACUAAAAAGAAAGUGGAGCACUGUCCCGUGUUCAGUCAUCACAGAAUAGAUACUGGCCCCUUAUGUAGAUGUCCAGUGUGACACCCUUCUCUGGAUAGAAUCCGUGGAACGACAUGAGAGGAAUUUUCUUUCACGUUGAUUUGUUAUAGAUAUUUGAAAGGUGAAGCCCACACUCGCUUUCAGGGCUUAAUUCCAGGAGUCGGACAUGGGCCAAAUCAAACGGCCGUCCCUGUGUCAAUAAGGGCCACCGGGGCCCGAGGAAUGCGCUGCCUCAUCCCAACUCUCCCCCGGGGGUAAAGAAGAAGGAGGAGGAGGGGAGUUCUCAGCUGGGACUUUCCUUAUUGCUCUGCAGAAGGGGGGGGGGGUUGAAUCACUUGGCACAGGCCGGAGAUGUUCCCCGGUGCCACCACGGAGGAGGAGGAGGAGGUAUGCGGACGUGUGCGCGAUGGUGGGGCCGCGGUGGCCCCCCCCUCCCCCGGGGAAUAUCACUUCUUCUCCUGAUGCCACCGUUUCUCGUCGCGCUCCGGCUCCUCGUCGUCGGGCCCCGGCCCCCCCGAGCCGCGCGGGCGGGGGCCGGGGCGGAGGAGCGGGAGGGUGCCGUCGCCUUUUCGGUGAUCAGCAUCGAGCCGGAGAGGAGCCCGCGCCGCUGGGGAAGCGCGUCCCGGCGGCCGGGCCUGGAGGAGGCGCGAGGGGAGGAGGAGGCGGAGGUGGACGAUGGAGGCAGGGGGGGGGGGACGCGGGCCUACGAGGAUGAGAACGAGAUACACUGGCAACAGGUUGGAUCCAGGGCAGUGCAGCCGCAGCCGUGGGCGGCCGACAAGCCGUCAUUCACGGCAGAACUCAGUCGUCUCAUCACAUAUAUCACCAGGCCACAGCUGAACUGCUCCAGGGUCUUAUCUCCAGGUCAGGUUCGGGCUUCACAGCCCCCUGCGGCUUCUAACCACUGGAUGCUGUGUGCUGAGGAAUGGCUCCUUCCAGGUGCACACAGACCGUGUGUUGCAUACUCCUUCAGUAUGGAUGGAAGAGAUGCAGACUUUCUAAAGACUGUGUCUGGGCUCGGAUGUGAAGUGCACAGUUUUGAUCCCAGCAACUCCAAUCCAUCUGAUGAUCACCUUGGCAACAGUUUGGCUAGUAACCAUGUUGACAGAGGUGCGGUCAGCCAGCACAAGAUGUGGUUGGAGUGGCGCACUCCAAGGAGGCGCAAGCACAAGAAAAGAGGCAACCUGGGUAGUGUCUCUCAAACACUGGCAGAUAUCAUGGCAGCUCUGGGACAUCACACAGUUCACUUUCUGUAUGCUGACCUGCUCAGCGCUGAGUGGCGAGUUUUCCAGAACUGGAUUGAAUCAGGAAGUCUGCAGGGUGUCCAUCAUCUGGUUGCCACAGUGCAUCUGCAAUGGGCAGGGUUUGAGGUGGGAGGAACCGACGAGGAAGUGCUCUGCUAUUGGUUCAGCAUCCUACGGGGUCUCCAAGCUUCUGGACUCAAGCUGGUCCACAGCUCUGCAGGACAUGGCCAUAGUGUCCUGAAGCGGACAUUGGGAAAUGCCCACAGCUCCUACACCCUCAGCUGGGUCAACACAAGAGACUAACACUCACACACGAACGAGCAGAGGUGUACACGUGACUAGACAUUGUGCAUGGAGGCCUCCAACAAAAAGACGAGAGGGACACUGAACUUCUUCCCUUUUAUUUUAGGAGCAUGCAUUUCUUUGCAUGACACCACCCUCUAGUGGAGAUAAAAGGAUCUUUCUUUUUAUGUCUCCACCGUCACAGGGAAAUACUUUUGCAUCUGUACAUGGCUAAUUUGACCAAAUAUGGAGUUGAAAGGGGGCUUGCUGAUUUGCCUUGGCAAUAGCGCAAUGAUAUAAUAAUUACAGAUUUGAUUAUGUCUCACUUGUAACACAAAAAACAGCAGAUAUGUGUAUGUUGAAGCUAUUGCUGGACUGUGUCCUCAUUAGUUCUAAAUACCAAACAGUUUUCUAACAGGUACCAACACGUUUUCAUUUGUACUUCUUGUCAUUUGUUUAGUUGAACCAUGGAUCUGUGAUCUUUAUGACUAUCAUAUCAUAUUAUUAUCAUCCUGAGCAAUCAUGCAUUAAUUAGGUCCAGCAGUGGUUUGAAUGGAGAUUAUUUUAUUUGUGUACUUUUGUGGAAUAAUUAUUAAAAAAUGAAGAGGUGCUAAAAU